AAUCUGCUCUCCGAGCCGGUCGGUAAUUCACACCGUGGUGGGUCACACCCUUAGGGCGACUGUCUGAAUCAAUUUUACUGCAAAGAGAAGAAGCGGCAGACCAGGCCCACCCCUACAGAUGUUGCUGAUCACAAAGGAUGUAAAAACUAGCAUGUCAUUUGUCCUUCUUGGAGAAGAUUCUUAACUGCUCUUAGGGACGCGAUGUCUGGAAUCCCAGCUUGUGGCUAGAAUCCCCCUUCCCUUUGAGGUGGAGACUAAGCAGUUUAAAGAAUCGCAUGUGAAAGGAAAGCCAAAUAAAUACAGCUUCAGCUGCAUCUCUCUCAUGGCAUCACUGCAUCAGCUGGAAAAUGCAAGUAAAAUUAAAGAGCAGCAGAAGCACGUGCAUCUCCUUACCUUUGUGCAGAAGAGAGUGACAGAAUUAUGCAUGAGAGCAAAGGGGCGCAUUUGACCACUUAGUGGAAUAGGGAAGAUUCUCUUCCAUAAAAGGAAUGUGCAACUCUUUACCCUCAGAAAAUGGGAGUGCCAUGACCUCUGUUGACAUGAUUGUCCACUUGUGGUUGUGUGUUAUGGCUCUGUAAUCCUGCUGGGACCGGACAUCUUGGCACAUGGCCAUUGGGGGCAAUUACAUAUUGGAUAGCGUUCUUUCCCCCCGUUUCCAGAACUGUAUUCCCGUCAUGAGGAUUAUAGCAGCUCUUUCUUAGAUAGCCCCAUAAUCUCCAGAUAGCCUCUUUGUUAGUCUGUGCUGUACCAUGGGAUGUAGGCAAAGUUCUGAGGAGAAAGAGGCAGCGCGGCGGUCCCGGAGAAUUGACCGCCACCUGCGCUCUGAGAGUCAGCGACAACGGCGCGAGAUCAAGCUCCUUCUCCUCGGCACCAGCAAUUCUGGCAAAAGUACCAUUGUCAAGCAAAUGAAAAUUAUUCACAGUGGCGGCUUUAACUUGGAGGCUUGCAAGGAGUACAAGCCUCUGAUUAUCUACAAUGCCAUUGACUCCCUCACACGCAUCAUCCGUGCUCUGGCCACCCUUAAGAUCGAGUUCCACAAUCCUGAUCGAGCCUAUGAUGCGGUACAACUUUUUGCUUUAACGGGCCCUGCCGAAAGCAAAGGUGAGAUCACGCCUGAGCUGCUUGGUGUCAUGAAAAGGCUGUGGGCUGACCCCGGUGUGCAGGAGUGUUUCUGUCGUUCCAAUGAAUACCACCUAGAGGAUAAUGCUGCCUACUAUUUGAAUGAUCUGGAAAGGAUUGCUGCAUUAGACUACAUCCCUACUGUUGAAGACAUUCUACGCUCUCGAGACAUGACUACGGGCAUUGUGGAAAAUAAGUUUACUUUCAAAGAGCUGACUUUCAAAAUGGUGGAUGUGGGUGGGCAGAGGUCUGAGCGCAAGAAAUGGAUCCAUUGUUUUGAGGGGGUUACAGCAAUAAUUUUCUGUGUGGAGCUGAGUGGAUAUGACUUGAAGCUGUAUGAAGAUAACCAAACAAGUCGAAUGGCAGAGAGCCUUCGUCUUUUUGACUCCAUUUGCAACAACAACUGGUUUAUCAACACCUCCCUCAUCCUCUUCCUGAAUAAGAAGGAUCUAUUGGCAGAAAAAAUCCGCCGCAUCCCGCUAACAGUCUGUUUUCCUGAGUACAAAGGUCAAAACACUUACGAGGAGGCAGCCGUCUAUAUCCAACGUCAGUUUGAGGACUUGAAUCGCAACAAGGAGACCAAGGAGAUUUACUCACAUUUCACUUGUGCCACUGAUACAAGCAACAUCCAGUUUGUGUUUGAUGCGGUGACAGAUGUCAUCAUUCAGAACAACCUCAAGUAUAUUGGUCUUUGCUGAGGGUCCUUGUAAAUGAGUCUGAUUUCUUAAUCUGAUGCAAAAGAGGUGAACCACCUCCACUCACAGUGGAAACAACGGGGCAGCCCUUGGAAGGGAGCAGUCUGAAGUACAUUCACAGAGCCCUUCAACUGCCUACACAUGCUUUUGCAAAAACAAAUGUCUUCGAGUGUGCAAACCUCCCACAAAAUGGUGAGAUUUUGAACUGUAUGGAAGUGUUAUCACUACAAUCACGUCGUCACUGGAUCAUUCUAUCUGUUUCAUUUAUUUUUUCUUGAGAUGGUAGAGCUACUAUGUUCUAUGUAUAAUAAGACAGAUCAUUGUUGUUACUGUCCUAAAAACCAUUUUACUGUUGGGAAGAUGCAAGACUGGUGAGAGGGAGACGGGGGCUGCACUGCGAUUUCCCCUACACAGAAAAAGAAGGCUUCUUCCAGUUGAGAGAAUAGCAAACAGGCAUAUCUGAGUGAAGUGUUCCUUGCCCACAUUCUGGUAUAACAGCCUGUAGAUCAUAUACAAAUGGAUCUUGUAUAUACAGGCACAUAACUUACAGCUAAUACGAAGUACAUACUAGCUAUACACGUUAUCUUUGCAUCAUGGUUUAUUGUGACUAUUCUCUGCCUGUUAAAGGAACUGGUAGUGCAGAAAGUUCCCACUCUGACCCUGUGUAGCCCUUCCUGCUCAGAUUCCAAAUAUGCAGCGGGGGGUGGGGGGGAGAGAGAAAAGAUAGGAAGAAAAAAAUGGGAAAUUAAUGGAAUGGAAUUACUAAAUAUGAGAUUAGGCCAAAUUAAGGUCAGUGUUUGUUCUACUACUGAGAAAUUUUAUAUAUUGGAAGUUUUCUUUUACAUCUGUUUUUGCCAAAUAAUUGUGCUGUUUCACAAAAACCCUGAAAGUUUAAUAAGUAGUUGAGGUUUUACAGAUAUAAAAAGUAUAAGAUUUUGUUUUUUAAAUUAUUGAUUUGUGUCUGGAUUUUAUGAGUGUGCCAACGGACAAUCCUAUUCCAUUGCUCCAAGGAAAUCCUGAGAAGUAGGGAUGGCAACAUUUGUAACAGCUUUUCUAAACACAGGAGCCAAUGAAACUGUAUAAUAAUAUAGCCUUUUCAGUCUCUUUCUUUUCUUUUCGGUGUUUAUUUUUUUAAAAUGUGCUGUAAUUAUUAGGUGAACAGAUGAGUGAUAUGAACAAUAUUUAAAUGUCUUGAUAUUUAAAUUUUUAAAACUUAGUGGAAUUAAAGAAAUGGAAGUGAUGCAUUUCUCCGCUCCCUUUCAUCCUGUAUACAAAUAAUACAGGCUGACAUAUUAUUCUAUCAAAUUUACAGUUAAGUUUGAAUGCCUGAGAAGCUCUGUGCAACUUUACUGGAAAACCUCACAUGACUCAUAUGACUAGUGGUCAUGUGACACCUUCUUCUCCCGCUUCUUACAUACUUCAGUGUAAACUAAAGGUGUAAAUAUACAUUCAAGAAUUGUAAAGCACAUGAAUACACUCUUCCAUCUCUCUCUCUCUCUCUCUCUCUCUCUCUCUCUCUCUCACACACACACACACACACACACACACACACACACCUCUCCUCCCUCACUCAGUUUCCAGCUGUAUGAAGAUAAGUGAGAAUUUCAGCCAAGGGCUUUAAGUAAAACGUAAGAGAAAACAAUGAAUGAAAACAAAGUUACAGGCUGUCUACUUUAAGAAAAUAAAUAAUCUGA